AUGGCCAUGGGACCCCGCCAUCAGAUCCCGCACACAAGCCUGCGCGCCCGCAGCGCGGGGACACCGGAUGCUCGCGCCCCACCGCCAGGCAGUCUCAGCUCCAAGGGCCUCGCAGUCCCGAGGGCCCAGGCGACGACGCGAAGCGGUCGGACAGCCGCUGGCCCACCCGGAAGCCCUUCCUCGGCUCACACCUGCCGGCGCGUGACGCCGGUCUGUCCCUGCCCCGCUACUCAGGACGCCAGGGCCGCCGCGACCGACGUGACCGCGCGUCCCUCACACACCCCUCCCCCGCCUCGCGUCUACACUACACACGUCGCGAUCCCCACAGCGCGCCCGGGGCGAGCGCCCCGGCCCGCGGCGGCCCACCCCGGCCCUGCUCGCUCGCGCCCCAUCCUCCCCGAACCCCUCCCGUCGCCCGGCUCGCUCCCGUCGCGCGCGUUCGCGAGGACACGCACGCGCUGCGCCUCACCGGGCCCCGCCACGCCGCGCGCUCCCGAGGGCGUCCUCGGUCUCCCACCCUAG